ACUACCUCAGGGAGAGAGAGGAAAAGAAGUAAAGUGUCGGCUGGGAGACCACCCGUCCCCUGCAGAGCUUUAGACCCCAGAGCCAGGCACAAUCAUCAUGUCUUCACAAAAGUACAUUUACUACCAUGGCAUUCCCAUGCCCUCUGAAGCUCACAACACCGAGAGCUUGGAGUACGCACGAAAUUUCUCUGUGGAAGACACCGAUGUGUUUGCUGUGACUUACCCCAAGUCAGGUACAGUCUGGAUGCAGGAGAUCCUCCCACUGCUGCUGAAUGGGGGGGAUACGACGCCGAUCAAAACCAUUCCUAACUGGGACAGGGUCCCCUGGCUGGAGGAGAAAAGAUUAGCAAUAGUUGUGGAUAAGCUGUCGUCUCCGCGGGCAAUGGUCACACAUUUUCCUUACCACCUCAUGCCUGAGUCCUUCCACACCUCCAAAGCUAAGGUGAUCAAUGUCAUGAGGAACCCAAAGGACGUUCUGGUGUCUUCAUACUUCUUCCAUCAGAUGGCCAAAUUCCUUGAUGAUCCAGGAACCUUCGAUGAAUUCAUGGACACAUUCCUUGAGGGCAAAGUGCUGUUUGGAAAAUGGACAGACCAUGUGAAGGGCUGGAAAUCUGCAGAGUUGGGAAACAGAAUAAUGUACAUCACAUAUGAAGAAAUGGUUCAGGACCUCCCCGCAGCUCUCAGACGUAUGGCUGAUUUUCUGGACCGUAAUCUGAGCGAAGAGGUCAUUCAGAAGAUAGCACAACAUUGCUCCUUCGGGAAGAUGAAGACCAACGAUAUGUCCAACUUCAGCCUGGUCCCUAAGCAAUACAUGGACCCUGACAAAUCUCCAUUCCUCAGGAAAGGUGUUGCAGGAGACUGGAAAAACCAUUUCAGCUCAGAGCAACUGGCCAAAUUCACAAAGGCCAUUCGGGCUGAGAUGGAGAGUGAGGGCUUCUCUCUGCCAUGGAGUCUGGAUUGACCAUCAACUGGAGCAAAGACCGAGAGGAAAGACAGAGCUACAGAAAUCAUAUCAAGACAAGUGGCUAACCAGGCACAAAGCUAAAAGCAUUUUAUUAUUAGCUUGCAUAAUAUCAUUAUAUGAUGUAACUAUUGCACAUAAAAAAAUGCUUUACUACUAACUAGUUUGUAACUAAGUCAUUAUGUGAAACAUAUUUACAAAUGUUUUUGUACUGAUUUUUAACAUUUACAAUUUGCUAAGAAAGGUGUUUCAUCUACACUCAACUCACUGUAUCCUUUUUUUUUUGCUUUAAUUCAUAUAAACAGGUUAUUACCUUUUCGUCAAACUAUAUUUUUUUUCCACAAAUGAAUUGACAAUAUCAUUGACAAACAAACACAUUAAAACAGCCUCUUGUGUUGUGUAUAUAAUCUAGAUUUAAUUAUUUGAGAAUUUAAUUUCUCAGUAGUCUCAAUCUGCCAAACUCCUUGCAAAAGAAAAUGAAAGGGACACAUUUUUUUUUAAAUUAAUGGGGUAAUUAUUGAAUCAUUUUUGUUAAAUUACGAUUAUAUUUUACACCUCUAUUCCGUUAUACUGCUUCUGGGCUUUUAUCAUGCACAUUUUAUCCAUCAUUGAUGUUUUUAUUACUGGAGUAUUGUGACAUUUUAACAGAUAGGUGGCACUCCAUUGACUGACUUUAUUAAACUUUUGAUUCACUAUUA